GAGUGCGGUAUAGGAGCCACGCAAUCUCAUCCAUACCAAAGCGCUUCCCUCACUCGGAGCCCUCCCUCACUUCCGCGCCAUCCACAGCUGCCCCCUCCACCACUCCUCAGCUCAUCUCACCUACCACCUCUCUCUCUCUCUCUCUCUCUCUCUCUCCACCGGUUCUUGAGCAUCAGGUUUCCUCUAUUGGCAUCGAACGUCAGCUUAGUGCUCACAGAAAAGUUCAAUAAAUGGCAAUUAUACCUUGUGGAAGUACAACGGUUGCUCAAUGGGGCAUUCGUCCUCAGCCUAUGCUAAGAUCCUAUGCCAUGAACAAGAUACGCACAUCCCAGUGUUGUGUUUCCAGCCAAAUAGGCUCUCUGGGGGCACAAACUUCAAGCAUCUUCUCUCGGGAUUCCUUGAAUGCUCUAUUCUGUGCAGGCUCUCAUACUUCAAAUCGCAGUAGGGGAGCAAGAUUCAUAGUUAGAGCAGACUCUGACUAUUAUUCUGUUCUUGGAGUGUCAAGAAAUGCGACUAAAGCAGAAAUCAAAAGCGCUUACCGGAAGCUUGCAAGAAGUUAUCAUCCAGAUGUGAACAAAGAAGCAGGGGCAGAAACAAAAUUCAAGGAAAUUAGUAAUGCAUACGAGGUCUUGUCUGAUGAUGAAAAACGAUCACUAUAUGACAAAUAUGGAGAGGCUGGAGUUAAAGGUGCUGGUAUGGGUCCGGGGGAUUUCAGCAAUCCAUUUGACCUGUUUGAGUCACUGUUCGAGGGCAUGGGAGGUAUGGGGUCCAGAGGUGGUGGUGGUUCUAGGAAUAGAGCGGUUGAUGGCCAGGACGAGUAUUAUAGUCUCGUCUUGAAUUUCAAAGAAGCAGUUUUUGGGGUUGAAAAAGAGAUUGAAAUAAGUCGAUUGGAGACCUGUGGAACUUGCAACGGUUCAGGUGCUAAAGCAGGAACCAAGCCAUCCAGAUGCAGCACAUGUGGUGGGCAAGGUCAGGUUGUUCAAUCGGCAAGGACUCCUUUGGGUGUCUUCCAGCAAGUGAUGACAUGCUCUUCCUGUGGCGGAACUGGGGAAAUAUCCACCCCUUGUAACACUUGCUCUGGGGACGGUCGUGUGAGGAGGACAAAGCGAAUCAGUCUGAAAGUUCCAGCUGGUGUGGAUGUAGGCAGCCGUUUAAGAGUUCGAAAUGAAGGCAAUGCUGGAAAGCGAGGUGGGUCUCCGGGUGACCUAUUUGUUAUUAUAGAAGUUAUCCCAGACCCUGUCCUCAAACGUGAUGAUACCAACAUUAUGUACUCCUGCAAGGUGUCCUAUAUUGAUGCAAUUUUGGGGACUACAAUUAAGGUUCCAACAGUUGAUGGCAUGGUUGAUUUGAAGAUUCCAGCAGGAACUCAACCAAACACGACCCUUGUGAUGGCAAAGAAAGGUGUUCCCCUCUUAAACAAAAGCAACAUGAGGGGUGAUCAGCUGGUGCGAGUGCAGGUUGAAAUCCCAAAGAGAUUAAGCAGUGAUGAAAAGAAGCUCAUCGAGGAACUUGCGAAUCUGAGCAAAGGAAAGGCUGCAAGCAGGAGAUAGUUGUUUCUGGUCAUUUGUUUCAUCCAUAUAGUGCUGAGGCCAUCAGUAGUUAUUCUUUUGGUGCAUCUUUUUGGAACAUUGAUGCGCACUGUGGAAUUCGUCAAUUUUGAAUCAGUUGGACUGGGGGAGGGGAUGAUAUCUGUAGUUGUAGGUUAAAUUAUCUGAUAGCUUGCAUCUUUAGGUGAGGGACCUAAAGAAGGUACAGAAGAUUUUAAACACAUCUUUCUCAUCGAAUUAACGCUUUGUUGUUGCCUUUUUCAUUAGUAGUAAACAUGAAAUUAGUAUAACAUGUCUUCUCUUA